AUGGCUGAAACUGCCAUCCAACUACCCUACCUAUCGUCUCACUAUGCGCUUCCAGAAUCGACCCUCACGACCUUACGGCAGGCCCCAACUGUGGAGCUUGUCAAUCAACUUUUAGAAUCAAUCAAUAAUAAGGCUCAUGAAUACGAUGAGCUCAAGUCUGACAAGCUUCGCUUGGAGGUAGAGCUUGAGAAUUCCGUGCGCAGCAAUGAGUCGAAAGUCAAGGUUCUGAAAGUCAGUGUGGAGAAGGGACACGCAGAAGUCGCCGAUUUGAGGAAAAAGCUGCAUGAAGCUGAAACUGCCCGUUCCUCACUCGAGACGGAGAUCUCUACACUGAAAUCCUCGUCCACGUCUAACGAAUCCGAAACCACGUCUUUGAAAGCGCGUAUUUCAUCUCUGGAGGCAUCCAACAGAGACACAUUGGGCUUGCUCGAAUCGAAAUCUGCGGCCUACGACAAAUUGGCCGAGGAGCUCUCGCUUCAACACAAGAAGACCAUCGAAUUACGACGUGAACUCUCCACCGUGGAGCAGAGUCUCCAAAGUUCCAACGCGGCAUCUGCCAGUGCCCGCUUCCGCGAACAGAGCCUUCAACAAGAACUGGAUCUCACCAAAAAGAACAACGAAUGGUUCGAGACCGAACUCAAGACGAAAUCCGCUGAAUACAUCAAGUUCCGCAAAGAAAAAGGUGCUCGGAUCUCUGAGCUCCAGCGAGAGAACGAAGAGGCAAAUUCGACAAUUGACUCUCUUCGCCGAAGUGAGAACUCGCUCAAGAGUCGUCUGGACGAAACAGAGCAGCGAUACGAAACCUCUCUGGCUAGCAUUCAUCAAUUGAAGGAGGAAGCCAUCCAAGCAACCGAAUCCUUCCGCAUUGAACUUGACAGCUCUAAUCGAUUGGCCGAGCUACAAGGAUCUGCUGCCCAGACGGCCAAGCAGCGGGUGCAAGAAUGCCAACUUGCUCUCGAAAAGACAAAGGAUGAUGCAGCACAGGAAAUUUCGCGCCUCCGUGUGGAGCUUGAGACGGAGUCCAACGACAAGGGAGCUGCGGAGCGUCGAAUUGGCGAGCUCGAGGCACUUGUUGGCCAGCUUGAGUCUGAACCUGCUAGAGGAAGAUCAGCAAGCCCCGCUGUCUCUCUCAAUGGAGGUGCACCAAGUACACCUCUGCGAUCAAGCAUCAUGCGUGCUGGCACUCCUACUGGCUCGUUCUCACCCCGCGCAUCUCGUGGUAAGGGUGGAAUGAAUGUCACCCAGAUGUACUCCGAGUACGACAGAAUGCGCACCGCUCUUGCAGCUGAGCAGAGAACCUGCCAGGAACUACGCAAUACCGUUGAUGAGAUGGUUCUUGAACUUGAUUCAACCAGACCUGAAAUUGAGGAGGGACGAGCAGAACAAACCCGUCUCGACCACGCCGUAGUAGAGAUGUCUACUCUCCUUGAAACGGCCGGGAAGGAGCGGGAUAACGCCCUCAAGGAAGCCAGGAAAUGGCAAGGCCAAGUCGAGGGCUUGGCUCGUGAGGGCGACAUCCUACGUCAGCAACUUCGCGAUCUGAGCGCUGAAGUCAAGGUUCUCGUCCUGGAGGUUGCUUUCGCAAAACAUGGCGAAGAAUACGACCGCGAGGAGCUCGAGAAAAUCGCUCGAGGCGAAGUCGAAGAGUCGGCGAAGGAUCUCAAUGAAACCGGCCGCUUUAUCAGCAAACACCUCACAACUUUCAAGGAUCUUCACGAACUCCAGGAGCAGAACCACACUCUCCGACGUAUGCUGAGAGAACUUGGUGACAAGCAGGAGGGUGAAGAGGCACAAGCCAAAGAAGCCACGCGACGGGCAGAAUUUGACGAGCUGAAGGAGUUGCGGAUCCGCGCGCAAACAAACCGCGAUGAGAUUACGAACCUCAGCACACAGAUGCAGAGUUACGUCAAGGAGCGCGACACAUUCCGCAGUAUGCUCAUGCACCGAAAGCCAACCGUUGACGAACAGUCUGUCUUCUCGCAGUCCAUGCCUCUUGGUGCUGCUCCUCAGGGAGGUAUGGAUACCUCAGGACCUGACUACGCUGAGUUGCUCCGGAAGGUCCAAGCCCAUUUCGAUACUUUCCGUGAAGAAACCACGACAGACCACAAAGCACUGCGCCAGCAGGUCAAUGAGCUAUCGCGUAAGAACAGUGAGCUUAUGUCUGACAUCAGUCGGUCAAGCAGCCAGCUUGCUGCUGCUUCUCAACGUGCGGAGCUUCUGCAGAGUAACUUCAAUAUGCUCAAGAAUGAGAAUACCGAGAUCCAAAAGCGUUAUUCUGCUCUCUUCGAGAAUGCUAAUCGACAAGAUCUCCGCACCCAGCAAGCUGCUGAAGACCUCGUGGAGGCUAAGGGUCUUGUUGAGAGCCUUCAGAGAGAAAAUGCCAACCUGAAGGCCGAGAAGGAUCUUUGGAAGAAUAUCGAGAAGAGGCUCAUUGAUGAUACCGAGAAUUUGCGGAACGAGCGCAGUCGUCUGGACUCAUUGAACGCAAACCUUCAGACCAUUCUCAACGAGCGUGAACACGCCGACUCUGAGAGCCGACGCCGACUCCAGGCCAGCGUCGAGUCGCUCGAAACCGAACUGCAAUCAACAAAGCGUAAGCUCAAUGAUGAAGUGGAGGAAUCCAAGAAGGCUAGCAUGCGCCGAGAGUAUGAGCAGGAGACAUCACAAAAACGAAUUGACGAUUUGGUCACUAGCUUGAGCGCUGUCCGCGAAGAGCUAGUUGCCGCCAAGACCACUCGGGAUCACCUCCAGUCCCGUGUGGAUGAGCUCGCGGUUGAGCUGAAGAGUGCCGAAGAACGUCUGCAAGUCUUGAACUCGAGACCAAGCGUAUCUGCUGGUACCACCGAGGGACCUACCGAGGGUCAGGAGUCUGGCGAAGGAAACGGCCUCUCACGGGAGCAGGAACUUUCAAUUGAAGUUUCCGAAUUGAAGCGCGACCUGGAGUUGGCCAAGGGUGAACUCGAACACGCCAAGCAAUUGGCUGAGGAUUACCAGGCCAUCAGCCAAGCUAGUGAAGAACGCCUCGAGUCAGCCACGGAGACACAGGAUCAAUACCGCGAAGAGACCGAUCGUCUUGUUGAGGAGAAGAACGCUAAGAUUCAAGACCUCGACACUCGCAUUGAAGAGAUUUCAGCUGAACUGUCCGCCUCCAAUGCUGAAAUGACCAAGCUCCGUGAAGAGCAAGCGGAGGCGACACGUCGCCUGGAAGAGCAGAAGGCCAACUUCGAGUCGGAGAUUACUCGCCUCAAGGCCGACAAUGAACGACAUGUCACGGCUGGACAGUACCAUCAGGAGGACCUGAAUGCGCAGGCCGAAAUCGCCAAGCAUGCUCAACAGAACUACGAAACUGAGCUUGUUAAGCACGCCGAGGCAGCGAAGAAUCUACAGGUUGUUCGUGCAGAGAGUAACAAGCUCAGGCUCGACGUCGCUGAGCUGCGAACCCAAUCCGAAGGCUACAAGACGGAUCUGUCUCAGAAAGAGCAAAGCUGGGCAGAACAACGAGCCACGUACGAGGGUGAGCUCUCUGAACUGCAGAAGCGUCGGGAGGAGGUUCUCCACCAGAAUUCCGUGCUUCACACUCAGCUGGAGAAUAUCACCAGCCAGAUUUCGUCCCUGCAGAAGGACCGAAUGAAUGUUUCGGAUGAUGAGCAGGAGGGCGAACAGGGGGCCCCCAAUCUCGAGGGCCUCCAGGAGGUCAUCAAGUUCCUGCGCCGUGAGAAGGAAAUUGUGGAGGUCCAGUACCACCUUUCCACCCAGGAAAGCAAGCGACUCAACCAACAACUCGACUACACGCAGUCCCAGCUUGAUGAGACCCGCCUCAAGCUUGAGCAGCAGCGCCGUGCUGCGGCUGAUAGUGACCACAACGCAUUGAAUCACAGCAAGCUGCUGGAGACUAUCAACGAGCUCAACGUUUUCCGUGAAAGCAACGCCACUCUCAGAAACCAACUGAAACAGACCGAAGCCGCGCGUGAUCAAAAGGUCACCCGUGAGAAUGAGCUGGUCCAGGAGAUUGAACCCCUCAAGACCAAGAUCCACGAGUUGGAGAGCCAGAUUGAAGCCAAGGAUGGAGAAAUGCAGCUUCUACAGGCCGAUCGUGAUCGAUACCAACAGCGUAUUCAGAACAUCCUUCAAAAGUACGACCGUGUCGAUCCUACUGAAAUGCAAGAGUUGAAGGAGAAGCUCACGAGCCUCGAAAACGAAAAGACCGAGGCUGUGUCCGCGCGGGAAGCUCUCCAAACCCAGAUCGAGUCACUUCAGGCUCAAGUCGCCGAGUUCCCAGGGCAGCUCAAGCAGAAUUCCGACGAUCGCGCCAAUGAAUUGCGAUCCAAGCUCACAGAGCAAUUCAAGGCACGCUCUAAGGACCUUAGCGCACGUGUUAAGGCCAAGCAAGAUGAGCUCAAUGUGGCCUUGCAGGAGAAAGAGGUCAUCCAAACGGAACUUCAGACUACAAAGAACGAAUUGGAGGCAUUGAAGAGCAAGGUGGCAGAGGCGCCAGCCAAUAAGAAGAACCCCCCCGUCAACGCUACCCCGGCUUCACAAUUCCCAACUGCGACCAUCGAAAUCCCUGGUCCUGGUGACGCUCAAAAGAUACAAGCACUUGAACAGAAGAUCCAGCGACUCGAGGCAGCUCUUGCCGAGAAGGAUGGACUUCUGGCGACCCAGACCAGCGAACAAGAUACGAAGAUCAAAGAACGCGCGGACCGCCUCAAGGAUAUGUACAACUCUAAGUUGAACGAGGUCAAGGCUGCUCACCGUCAAGAAAUUGAGAAACUGUCCGCUGGUGAACAACCCACACCUGGAACACCAGGUGCGGGCCCGGAUGCAACCCCUGCAACGCCGUCCAAACCGUUUGAGCUUGCCGGAUUUACUAUUCCCGAGUUGACAGACGCUCAAGCAAGAGAGCUGGUCGCGAAGCAUGAGACUAUUCGCACCAUCGUCCGCAACAACAUACGUGGUGGAGUAGCACGCGAGCAACAAAAACUCCAACAAGAAGCCCAAGCCUCUGGAGCCAAUGAAGCCGCACUGGCUGGACUGCAACAGAAGUCGACUGAGGAAAGGGAGGCCUUGAUCAAGGCCCAUGAGAAUGAAAUGAAGGAGAAGGUCAGCUCAGCUGUCGAACUUGUCGAAAAGAAAACAGCUGCCCGUCUCAGCAUGCUUGACACCAGAUUCCGAACUGCGAAUGCCAAGAUUGAUGUGGUAUCAAAGGCUGCCACGGAAACUCCUCAAAAGCCCGUUGUGGAAGUAUGGGAAAUUGCAAAGACCGCUCGCCCUGCACCGGUCCCGGUUCCAGCUGCUAAGCCGCCCGUCCCAGCAGCAACCCCAGUCCAACCUGUUGCUCCCACCCCAACUCUAGCUGCGCCGCAAGUCCCAGUUACAGCUCCCUCGGCCCCAGUUCCUGCUCCGGCUCCGGCCCCUGCGGUGGCCUCUGUUCCUGCGGCAGCAGCCCCGAAUGUUCCAACAGGGCAAGUCGCGCCUCCCACUGCGCCUGCCGAACCUUCUACCCCUCAGCAAGGUGAGGCACAGCCCACAGCGCCAGCCAACCCGUUCGGCCAAACUCAGCAGACCGAUCAAACCCAGCAGGCCUCCUCUCUCCCCAGCAAACCUCCCGCUGGAAACCCACCUGGCCUGAUGCGAGCUCUUCAAUCAGGGCUUCCUAUUGCACGAGGCGGACGUGGUGGACGCGGCGGUGGCCAGCAAUUCGGCCAUCAGCAACAUGACCAACAGCAGCAGCAAGGUCAUGGUCAGGGCCAAAACCAGCGCGGCCCAGGCCUUCAGCGAGGUCGCGGCGGUCGUGGUGGACAAGGUCGCGGUGGUAACCAAAAUCAAAAUAACGUUGCCCAGGCUCAGAGCCCCACUGCCAACCGUGGGAAUCUGAAUGCUUCGGCCCGUCAGUUCAUUCCGGGGGGCAACAAGCGCUCUCGUGAUGAUGGCCCCGACACUGCCACUGAGGGUGGAAGUGGUGGAAAGCGACAGAGAGGCGGUGGUGGCCCGCAGCCUCGUGGCGGAGGCUCUUCUUAA